UUGAUAGUAGUUGAUAACUUGAUGAGUGAUGACCGUUUUUUUUCGGAAAUCUACAAAAUUAUUAAUCUAACAGAUAUUAAUUUUAUUGUUUAAACUUUUAAGUUUUUUUAACGAAUUCAGUCGUAAACAUAAUUUUGGAUUUCAAAUUUAAAUUAACCUUUUGCUCUGUACUUUGUAAUGGUCUACUGAACUAUUUACCACUUGUACAUCAUAAUUUUACAUUAUGAAGGUUUUUUUGGAAUGGGUACGUAACCGUUUCACCAAGGUUGACUUAAUGCAUUUAGUUGAUAUUGAUGAUGAAAAUCUCCAAGUAUUGAUAUUCCAGAAUGGACCCAGCAGAGAUGAAUUUAUAAAAGUUUUGGUAUAUAAAUUGUUGUUGGAUAUUGAUCCUGAGUCUGAAUACUCAAACACCUAUAGUUUAGAAUAUAUACUUGUGUCAUUUGGUUUGUUGGAUAAAAUAGCUGCACAAAAUUUUUUAAAAGGUAAUAUGUCAACAAAGUUACAUACAGCUACAUGGAAAAAAAUUAUUGAAUCUUUGAUACCAACUACAACAAUCACUACUCAAUAUCCGAGUUAUGAUGAACUAAUGAAUGGCAUUUACGAAAAGAGUAAUUAUUUUCGAUCUGUUGAAAAAAAAAAUUAUCUUCCUCCAGAGCUUAUAUCAAAGUUAAAAGAUGGAACGGAACUAAAUGAAAACAGUGAGAGUAUUGAUGACAUUUCAGACCAGUUGAUCAAGAUCAUAAAUAAACCCAUAUUACCUAAUGAAAAUAAUGAUUUUAAAACGCCUUCAAAUUGUGAGGAACAGCUACCAGAUUCAAGCUCUGAAUUUAUGGACUUGGUGUCAAUAAAAAAAGAAUUUGAUGAAUGUAUUAAGAUUUCAAACAACAAAAACAUAACUCCAUUGAUAAAUGAAGGCUCAAUCAAAAUUUCCCUGCAAGAUUUUCUUGAACUAAUAGAAAAACAAAAUUUGAUUCAUACUGAUAAUUUAGAAUCAAAAAUAGAAUACAUCCAUAAGCUUAUUAAAGCUGAGCAAGAUUUACAGAUUUUAGCUGAUUCACUAAUAGUACAGUCUAUGUUGGAUGGAAAAGAAUUUCAAAAGAACACUAAUUGAUUAUAUGUAAGUUAAAUUUGUAUAAUGGUAUGUUGAAAAUUUACACUUUUUUCGAGCCUGAAGUUU